AUAAGAAGCAUUCAGCAUCUAGCAAACUUUGUUGCAGAUUCUUUUUAAGUUCUUAAACCUUUACCAUUAUUGCCAUUUGGCACUAGAUUAUGGCCUCAUCUUCUAUCCCAUUACUAACAUCUGUGUUCACAACAAUCAUACUUACCUGCCUAAAUCCAUCAAUUACAGCAAGAGCAUCAUCAGCUGGAACAUGCUACAAUUCCAUCAUCAGUUUUGGUGAUUCCCUUGCUGACACUGGCAACUUACUCCGCCUGGACCGCCUCUCCUCCUCCUCCUCCUCCUCCUCCUCUCCAAUACUCCUCCACACUUUUUCCUACCACCUUAUGGUGAAACCUUCUUUCACCACCCUACUGGUCGUUGCUCCGAUGGUCGUCUUGUCAUCGACUUCAUUGCUGAGAGUCUCGGGUUUCCACUGAUACGGCCAUAUUUUGCCGGAAAAGACAUAAGGGGAAGGUCAGAUUUUAUUAAAGGCUCGAAUUUUGCAGUAAUAGGAGCUACAGCGAUAGACGAUUCAGUUUUCAGGGAAAGAGGAAUUCAUAAUCCUUUCACGAAUGUGUCUUUGGGAACUCAAUUGGGGUGGUUCAAAGAGAUGUUGGCUUCUUUUUGCAAAGAGUCAUCUGGUAAGUAGUGAUCAUGCUCAUGUGCACUGAAAGUUGAAGGGUUAAUUCCACUUUGUGUCCUUAAAUUAUUCUCGAAUUUCUAUUUUGAUCUGAUAAACUUUUGAAUGGGACACUUUGGUUCUUAAAAUAUAAAAUUUCUCCAACUUAAGUAAAAUGAUUAACGUAAGUGAGGUAGUUUUUAUACUUAGAUGAUACUAAUUGUAUAUUUUAGGGAUUAAAGUGGAGCAAACUUUAUAUAUUUGGGGCUAAUGAGGGACACAUUUUAUACUUUACAGAUUAAAC